AUGGCCAGCAGAAAAAAAAUCGGGAAGAAAAGACUCGACAAGUAUUACCAUCUUGCAAAAGAACAGGGGUACAGGGCAAGAUCAGCAUAUAAACUCAUACAACUCAACAAAAAAUUCAAUUUUCUUUCGACAUGCACGUCUGUUGUCGAUCUGUGCUGUGCUCCUGGUGGAUGGCUGCAGGUGGCAGUGCAGCACAAUAUUCCGGAUGUUGUAGGUGUAGAUUUAUAUCCCAUCAAAAAGAUUAACAACGUCAAAGCAAUCGUGGGAGACAUUACGUCACCAGGCACCGUGAAAGAAAUACUCAGUAUGGUUGGCGAGGCUGACUGUGUACUGCACGACGGCGCACCAAAUGUUGGUGUCUGCUGGGAAAAGGACGCAUUUGAACAGAAUGAGCUCGUUUUGCAUGCUAUAAAGAUUAGCACAAAAAUUCUUAAGAAGGAUGGGGUGUUCCUCACAAAGGUGUUCCGAUCGAAGGAUUACUUCAGCAUUUUGUGGGUGCUCAACCAGCUCUUUGAGAGCGUUGUUUCCACCAAGCCGAUUUCCUCAAGGGAGGUGAGCGCUGAGAUAUUCGUGUUCUGCAGGGGGUACAAGAAGCCCUCAAAGAUUGAUGACAAGUUUUUUGACGCCAACCAUGUGUUCAAGGAGAAAGAGAUAAGCGAGAAUUAUUACAAGGUGAUAAAGUUCAGCGAAUUUUUCAUGUCGGAGGAACCAAAGACCGUUCUCGAAACAUACACCAAGAUGCUUAUCGAUGUGAAGGGAGAGCUGUUUGACAGGAUUUUUGACCAGAAUUUCAAGCUCAUGCUGGACGAUCUGAGACAGAUUAGCAAGCAUGAUGUGAAGAAGAUUCUACAAAAAAAGAGAAAAGCUCAUCAAAUUCAUAGAAAAUGGCGAGUACGUCGAGGGCUUGGAUGUGCCAGUGAAGGAGACCGUUGUUCACCUGGAUGAGCCACCCGAGGAGAACAAGCUGGACCGGAUCAAGAGGGAGAUGAAAAAGAAACAGCGAGAAGAGAAGAAGAGGGAGAUGCACAACAAAAUUAAAUGCGCAAAAUCGAAGGUGUUUGAGAGAUUGGCAAGCAUAGACAAUUUCUUUGAGGAUCGGCUUUUCCAGAGCAACUUGGAUAAAGGCGACGGCGAGGAUAAAACUGUGAACAACAAGAUGAUCGUUAAAAACGCAUCUGGUACGAAUAGAACAGACGAGAUCAGCAGUGAUGAGGCGAGUUUUGAGUUGAAUUCCGAUGACAAACGUUUAAUUGUAGAAAUGAAGAACGAUAGAGAAGCGUUUGAGCUACGCACGGUAAACAGGUACGCGCUGAACAGCACUUCUGAUCUGCCCAAAUUUUAUACGGACGAACAAAAGAAUUCCAACCGGCUUAAGAGUGUGAUUGACGAUAAAAACUACAAGAAGGUGACUAAAAAGCAACAAGAAGUUAUGAACAGGCGGGUUAGACGGGCAAUGAAGUUCAAGAAAGAGAUAAUGGAGGAGAUUAGUGAUGAGAAUGAUAGGCCGCAACGGUUAUUUAAGAGUUGUUUGAAAAAGAGUAGGAACAAGCCGAAGGUGGUUGUCUGCAAUAAGGGAAGACCGGCACGUACGAUGAAGGGACGGGUGAAAUACGUGGAUAGAAGAAUGAAAAAAGAUCUGAGGAAGAACAAAAAGAUGAGGAACUGA